AUGGACUCAGUGGGCGUGUCACACAGCACAGAUCGGCUCAGCGGGCGUGUCACAUACCACAGAUCAACUCAGUGGGAGUAUCACACAGCACAGAUGGACUCAGUGGGCAUGUCACACAGCACAGAUGGGCUCAGUGGGCGUGUCACACUCACACAGCACAGAUGGGCUCAGUGGGCGUGUCACGCAGCACAGAUGGACUCAGUGGGCGUGUCACGCAGCACAGAUGGACUCAGUGGGCGUGUCACGCAGCACAGAUCGGCUCAGUGGGCGUGUCACACAGCACAGAUCAGCUCAGUGGGCGUGUCAUUCUCAAAUGAGAAUGCAGUGAGAUUUCACUGUGUCCAUUUUGAGGAAUGUGCCAUCCAGCUGUGGAAUUGGGCAGUUACAAAGAACGUGGGCACCAGCAUAAGUAAAGAUCAGAAAGCCAAAGUGCGUCAUGUGGCAUGCAGUCUGCUGUGCUGCUGUGUACCUGAAAAUCCACCAGAGGGAGUCAUCCGCAAGCAACUCUUGAUGGCCACUAAAACAGGACGCACCUGGUUGGACUGCAAAAAUCCCCAAAUGGCAGAUAACUUCUUCAGGUUUGCUGUCAAGAGCCUGGAAAGCCUGUACAACCACCUAACAUCCAGAGGACUUGGAGCAGCCGACACCAACUCAUCCAAAGGGGACGUAGAGAAGGAACUGCUUCGAGUUUUCUCAUUCCAGGCAGAAUCGGCAAUAAGUCAAGGGAAGAACCAAGAGGCUGUGGCCUGUAUGCAACGAUGUAAAGACAUGCUGCUGCGGCUACCCAAAGAAACUGCAUAUCUCUCCCUGAUGUGCUACAACUUUGGAGUUGAUUUUUACAAUCAGAAAAUGUUUGAAGACAGUUCAUUCUGGCUGAGUCAGAGCUAUGACAUUGGGAAGAUGUAUGUGAAAUAUGCUCCUGGCUCUGAGGUCCAGGCCAAGGUUUUGAGGCUCCUUGCCACUGUUUAUCUAGAGUGGGAUUGUCAGAAAUUUCAGGACAAGGCACUUAAUGCUGUGAGCUUAGCCAACAAGGAAUGUGCAAGCGCUUCUGGGGUUUAUCUGAAGAUCAGAAUACUCCUGAGAGCCAGUGCCAUAGAUGAUGAUAUCAGAGCAGGACUUCAUGAGAUGUUUGAAUGUCAGAUUUCUCUUGAGGUUUGUUUGAGCACAGUGAAACUGCUCAUGUCUCAAGACAGGGAAAUGCUGGGAUUUGAGUUUCUGAAAGGCGUGUGUCAGCACUUUGAGUCAUCCCCUGACCUGGGAACAGCUCUUGUGCUGCAUGUUGAGCUUCUGCUGCAGAAAGGCAAAGAGCUGUUGGGCAAACAGAAGAUAGAGGAUAUCAUCACUGGCCAUUAUACAGGUAAACUGCUGAGUCCUCAGGCCCUCAAUAAUCUACAUGUCUUGCUGUGGGAUAAAGCUGCUAAAUACUUUGAGGCCAAGAAGUAUUCUGAGGCUGUGCAGUGGUACAACUACUCCCUGAAUUUCUUCAAGGCAGGUCAGAUGGAGCCCAAUUUAGCCAAAUUGCAGAGGAACAGAGCUUCCUGCUUCCUGCAGCUAAAGCAGCUGGAAAAGGCCAAAGAAGCAGUUAAGGAGGCAGAGAGAUGUGAUCCUGACAGCAUUUUCACUCAGUUCAGUGUUUACAUGAUUGCAGUUCAGGGGAAUCACGCAGAGAAAGCUGCAGAAGCAGUAAAUGCCAUGGGGCUUCUGGCCAGACAUCCUGUGGCCAGUGAGGCCAGACUGCUCGUAUCUGAGCAUGCUGCUUCAAAUCUUCUCAGUCUGGCUGCUCAGAUUGCUUUGGAGAAUGAACAGCAGGAUACCGCCGUGAAAGCACUGGAGAGUUUGUGUGAAAACUCCAGCGAUGAGGCUCAGGUUCUGACUGCUCUCAGAUGCUUGGUUCGGUUGUUCUCCUCCACAAUAGAAAAAACACACGAUGAGACAGGGAGUUUGAACAUGAGCGCUCUGCUGCCAUACCUUAAAAUGGCUCUGCAGAAGAUUUCACAUCCAUCGUCCAUGACUGUUGAUGAACGUGUAGAAGCAGCUCACUGGUUCAGGAAGAUAGCAUGGAACUCUGCUCUGCAGUGUGAGAACAGCCCCGACGCAAUGAGGGAUUUCUUUCUGCUCUCUUACCAGCUGUCCCAGCUGUGCCCUCCUGAUCGCACACUGCUCAUGGGCCAGAAGACAUGUCUGCUUAUGGCGGCUGCUGCAUCUUUGGAGCUCCACAGAAAGUCUCCCAACUCUGCCCAGACCGAGGAUCUCACUCAGGCCCUGGAGCACAUUCAGAUUUGCUGGGAGAUCUGGAAAACUCUGAAAGCAUCAGGAAGCUUCCCGAAGGACCCGACAGAUACUUUGCUGCUGUUGUAUGAGUUUGAGGCUCGCGCCAAGCUGAGUGACCCCAAAGUGGAGACCGUUCUGGAGUCUGUCCUGGAGCUUGAACAUGUUGAAACUAAAGUGCUAGAAACCAUUGCAGCAUUAACCAUGGAGCCCCCCGCCCACUUCCCUCAGCUGUGCAAGAAGGCCUUAAGGGUUGCUCUGUCUCUCCACAAGAAACAGCCAGAGCGGGAUCUGACCCGCUGCAGCAAGUAUGUCCACAGCCUGAUCAAGCUGUCGCUGCCGAGCGGCGUGUCACAGGUGGAGACCCAUGUUCUGGAGGAGGUGUGGGACUACUUUGAGGAGGCACUGUCCAUCAUUGCAGCCACAGCAGAUGACUUCCCUGUGAUGGAGACCCUCUGGCUGCUGACUCGGGCCUGGAACACUGGAAUUUUGCUCUACAGUCUGACUCAGUACCCUGAGGCUGAGAAGUGGUGCGGCCUAGCGAUGAGCUUCAUCAGAUACCUGGGCUCCUUACAGGAGAGCUAUGAGACACAGAUGUCUGGACUCUACAGUGAAAUCCUGGAUAGGUUGGAUAAAGCCAAGAACCUCAUCAUGGAAGAAUAAAAAGAUAGACCUCUCCAUAGUUCCCUGUUUGUUCUACAGCAACUGGAUGCCUGAGAUCUUUUGACAAGUCUCCAUAGUUGCUUCAAAGGU